AUGUACUUUAUUAGACACAUACUUGUGCUAUUCUAUAUAAUAUGUAUAAAAGCAAGAAUGGUAUGGGAAGAUGUAAAAGAAUUUAAAUCAACUUGUAUAGGUUUAUAUAGGGGCAACGAAAGAAUGGUAUCUUCACUUGUGUCAUUACACCCGGCAAUCUUAUAUGUUAAUAAUAGGCUUGGAUUAAUACAUAACCUAAGCAUGUUUUCUUAUGAAAUAGAUAGAAAAUUGAAAUUGGAAAUUAAAUGUAAUGCAUUUGGCGGUAAUAGUUAUAAAUGCCGUAAAACAUCUGAUAAGAAUGGGGUUCAUCGUUUAAAACAUAGCAAUCGAUACUUAUCGAUUAUGCAUUUAAAUUUACAUAGGUGUUUAAUUGACAUGUUUCCUAUAGUAGAUGGAAGAGCAAUAAUUUAUUCAAAAGAAAAAAAUUCAUUUUUUAGUUUUAUUGAUGAGAUCCCAUCGAACAAUAACAAGUUUGGCUUGCUUGCUUCUUUAUUUCUACUUUCUGAAGGGAUAGAUAUUUCUUUGGAAAUAAAAAGGAAUGACCUUAAAGAGGAUAUGCUUGUUCUUAAAACAUCUAAAAAUAGCACUAAGAAUUACUUUACCGAUGAAUUGAGACUAGAGAGCAAAUGUUACCCAGAUUUAGAUGAAAAAAAACUAUCUGUAUCUGAUAAAAAUUUUAGACGUCGUAUACGUAAUAAGUAUUACCAGAAACAAACUAAAGAUAUAGUUAAUUUUUAUAAAGAAGUUAAAGAUAGAAUAUUAAAAAAUUUGUCUAAUUGCAGUAAAGAUAAAAUCAAUCAGCAUGAAGAUGAUUAUAUAAACAAGGCCCAAUUACUUAUACAAAUGUAUAUAUUCGAGUAUAUAUCCACUAAAAAAGACAUGAAAGCGUAUCUUAUAGAAACAUUUAAUAUACUAAAAGAACACGUUGAUGCAGUAGAAAAAGAAGAGUCUAAUGAUAUAGGAGAAUUUGCUAUAAAUGUUUUUAACAGUCUUUUCUGCCCUAUAAAUAAGAAAGCGCUAGAUGAAGAAGCGAAAACUAUGAAAAAUAUAACUGAAAUCCAUAAGAAUCUGAGUAACUGUGUGUUUGUUCCCUUUCAUAGAGAACCAUCUAUGCCAGAUAUUUUACACACUUGCGAAAAAAUCAAUGAAUUAUUAUUAAUUGGCAUGGCUUCUAACUCUAACUGUAUAACUAAUGCUCUCACCAACAGCUUCUAUUCCAGUGAAGACACCCCUUUUCAAUUAAAAUCGCUUACUAUUGGGACCGAAAUUGGCAUACUUACUCUGCUCUGCUGUUGUUUCUAUGACAGCCAAGGAAUGGAGUACACUCUUAAAACAAUUAAAUAUCCUCCUAACGAAUUAAAAUUGUUUUUCACUAAGUACAGAGACCUAUUUGACACAGAAGAUUUAAGUGUUCAUUACGACUGGCAUAGGAUAAUUAAUUAUAUGAAAGUCGGGGAUGAAUUUUGCGAACGCAGUAAAACCCAGUAUUAUAAUGGGGGUUUGCUAAGUAUGCUUUCUAUUAUUUUAGAUAUAACUAAUGGGCCUAAUAACAUAAUGGUAGAAUUAGAUGAGCUUAUUGACAAAGUAAGAAAACGAAAGAUAUCUGACCCAUGUAUAACGAUGAGUAUUUGUGAUUUAGUUGAAAAAAUACUGAAUGGACUUUCAUAUAAUAAACAAAUGAAAGUAACAUCAGAUUCUUGCCUUAAAAUAGAUAAAGCUAAAGACUGUGAAUUUGAUGCAUUUGGAAAACUGUCUUUAAUAAUCUCUGGCGAUUCUAAAAUUGUAAGAAUACUGACUAUGGAGUUUAGCCUUGAUAAAGUAACUUCUACGUAUGAUGAUGUAUAUGAGUGUAUGAAUAAAACUGAGAAUGAUUCUUCUCUAAAAUCUAGUAUAAAGAAAAUAGUUGAUAUAGGUAUUUCUUACGACCAAAAAAACAUCACUAGAAUUGGCAAAACAAUUGUAAAAUACGCUAACUACAUAACAGGUGCAAUUUAUAAUAUAGUGGAUAAAAAUACAAAACCGUGCUAUGUUCAAUAUUUAAAUUCAGCCCAAAAGCGGAAUAUUAUGCCAGAUCAAUGCGAAGCAUUUUCAUAUGGAAGAAUUAUAUAUACACCUGACAAAAUGCAUUUAAUAAAGUCUAUCUCGGCAAUUAAAUAUAUUGAGGAGCCACUGAAACAUUUGUUUUAUCGAAAUAUUAUUAUUAGUGUUAUAGGAAGUAUGCUAAAUUUCAAAGAAAGCGCAAUAGAUAAAUUCAUUUGUGCUAUUGCUGCUGAUUUGGGAAUUGACUCCUUUAAUGACAAUAUAAUAAUGAAUGAAGAUAUUUAUUCGAAAUUAAUAGCUGGUACUAUAUUUGUGAUGCCAGAAUUAGAUUUAGAUGAAGAUUCAGAUAAUUCAGAUGAAGAUUCAUAUAAAGAAGCGGAUGAAGAUUCAGAUAAUUCGGGUUAUUCAGAUAAAGAUUUAGAUAAUUCAGAUAAUUCAGAUGAAGAUUCAUAUAAAGAAGCGGAUGAUGAUUCAGAUAACUCAGAUGAAGAUUAAUAUGAAUAAGGAGGCUGUGUUAUAUACUAAGUAUAUAUACAUUUCAUAUGUCUGUGUACUAAGCUAUAUAAUAUAUCUAGAGUGACUUAAAAGAAAGAGUUAGUGAUUUCCGGCCAUGCUAUACAGAUAUAAUCAGAAAAACACUCAAUAAGACUUUUUACUUUAUACUAGCCAGUAGUGGUUGCAUCCCAUCCAAUAUGCCAACUAUUAUGGAUAGCAUAACAAUAAAAG